UCCGAGAGGUCCGUUAAGGAUUGGAAAGGAAGAAAGAAAAGGAAAACAGCUCAAAAAGAUUUUGCUUUUUCUUAGUAUACUUAAUCAGAGUUGAAACCCUUGUUCAUUUCGAAUUUGAUCUUUGUAAGAACAGAACAACAUUUUUUCUCAAGUUCCCCUCUGUUGUGUUCCUUCACAGAUAAUGUUCUCUUCCAUAUCAGUGUAGAGUGGGAUCUGCUGAAUUUAAUCUUGGGAUACUUUUAACUGUUGUGGUGAAAGUUUAUCAAUGGAGGAUGAUGGAGGAUACAAAUUUACUGGAAUUAGACAGAUUGUGAGACUAAAGGAAAUGUUUCAGAAGUGGCAAACUGUCACCCUGGGUGCAAAAGAGUCCGAUAAACAUUCUGAUGUGAAUCAUGUGGGCAUAUCACCGAUAGUUAACAAAAGGCUAACAAAUGUUGUGUAUUGUGACUCGGAUGAGGAUAGCUGCCACAGUCCUCAACCCCCUCAUGAUGUUCCCAAAGGAUACUUAGCUGUCUAUGUUGGGUCAGAGCUUCGGCGUUUCAUUAUUCCCACCAGCUACCUUAGCCACUCUCUGUUCAAAGUGUUGCUGGAAAAGGCUGCAGAGGAAUUUGGGUUUGACCAGAGUGGGGGGCUUACAAUCCCAUGUGAUAUUGAGACAUUUAAAUACCUCCUGAACUGCAUGGAGAACCAUCAUAGAGCACCAUGACAGAUGCCACCCUUGGUGAAAUUGCAGCUGCAAACACAGGAACUGUGAAAGAGUAAAUAAUUACUCUAAUCUUUAUGGAGGUGCAUAUCAUAGCGCUGGUUUCAAGUGUGAAGUAGGUUUUCUUUGCUUAUAUCUUUAUUGUUUUGAUUUCUGAUGUGUAAAAUGAUAGAAUACCCUAGUUAGAAAGAUUUUUGGUGCUUUUGCAACAAUCAGCUGGUAC